GUCCUUUCAAACUCCGCCGUUCCAGGUUUCGCGCUCCCGGAUCGCGUCAUUGCACGUGAUGUUGACCUUUUGUUGAUGCAAAUUCCGACUCCCUUUCUCUCGUUCUUUCCAUCACCAUCGUUCCUCAGUUCUUCAUCGAUACUCCACGAAAAAGUCUGUGAUAAUUCUCCAAUCAAUUCAAGUCCUUCUGAUGGUGUUCUUUCUGUCCUAGGUGCCUCUAUUCAUUCACUUCUAGCUCAUGGCCAGGGAGAACGGUGUUGCGGUUGAAUAUUUCUUCGAGUAUGUGGACCGUAGAUUUAUCUCUUCUAUUGUUACUGACUACACUUCUCUAUUUGCCUCAGAACUCGACCACAUUGACAUUCUCUCCACCCCCAGCUAUGGCAGCUGUGCGACAAUCCCGUGUACGGUGUGAGUUCCUUGUAGACUUUGCUUCAAGAUUAUUUCUAUGUUCUAGGACUCGUUGGUGCCUUUGCGAUAUCUGUUUAGGGAUGGAGGACAUUCCCGCAGUCAAGGUGAGUCAAGACUGCCGGCUACUUUCGAUGCAAUGAUUUGUUUUGACGCUGCAGCCACUCGCUCAUUAAUACCCCUGCCGUGACGA